AUGGCCGCCAUCAUCCGGCCGUCGCCGUCCGUCGCAUCCUUGCUGCGCACACAGUAUGCGCCGUUCAAGGUCGCUCGCACAGCAGCAUAUAUCGCUCAGAGGGCAGGACCGAGCGCGGAACAGACCCGGUCCUACGGGACCCGACAGCUGCCGGCGCCAGUCGACCUCGCCUUCGACGUGAUUGAGCCCAAGGAUGUCCGCAUCGCCGACCAGAGCAUGGUCAUCUGCCAUGGCCUUUUUGGUUCCAAGCAGAACUGGCGAAGCCUGGCGAAGGCGUUCGCUCAAAAGCUGGGGAUGAACGUUUACACUCUGGUGUGUGGUGUGCUACAGAAUAGACUGUUGAGGUUCCAUGUUGCUGACUACAUCGUCCUUGCCCACCUCCGCUCCCUCUCCCCGCCGACCUCCUGCCGACCUCCUCUUACCGCUCCUCCCAACGACAUGCGCAACCACGGAGUCUCCCCGCACGUCAAGCCGCACAACUACGACGCCAUGGCAGCGGACAUUGCCCUCUUUGUGGAGAAGCAGGGGCUCAAGAACGUCAACCUCCUCGGACACAGCAUGGGCGGCAAGGCGGUCAUGGCGUACGCGCUCAACAGCGACCUCAACGGGCCCCUCCGUUCCCUCAUGUCCGUGGACAUGACCCCAGCUAUCGGCAAGGUGUCUCCCGAGUUUGAGGCGUACACCGAUAACAUGCUGGAAAUUGAGCAUGCCAAAGUGGCGAACCGUCACGACGCCGACAAGAUCCUGCACAAGGUCGAGAAGAACAAGAGCACCCGCCAGUUCCUCCUCACCAACAUGGUGUCCGACCAGGACGAGUCUGGCAAGUCGUUCCUGCGCUUCCGUCUCCCCGUCCAGCUUCUCAAGGAGGAGGUGCCCUCCAUCGGCGAGUUCCCCUACACGCCCCCUCCUCCCGUGUCGGCCACGUCUCCGCAGUGGAUGGGCCCGGUGCUCGUCCUCAAGGGCGCGCAGUCAAAGUACGUGAACAGGCGCAACAUUCCCAUCUGCGAGGCCUUCUUCCCCAACUGCCGUGUCGAGAUUCUCGACGCUGGCCACUGGGUGCACGCUGAGAAGCCUGCCGAGACGGUCGAGCUUGUGGGCCAGUUCAUCCUCGAUGGCAAGUGA